AUGUUUGUUCGACGUUUGAAGAUCCGUGAUCAGCCGAUAAAUAUUUUUGGUGAUGGUCUAUAUCAGGCGCAAGUUAAUGUUCAAACAUCGGUUAUAAUCGAUGCACGUUCAUCUUACAAUCCGACGGACGAAGUCAAGAUCGUCAUUCUACCAUCAGAACGUUCCGAUCUUGUUGAAGUUGUCAAUCAAGGUGAUGGUAUAUGGACGAUUAAUUACAUUCCAUAUGAAAUUGGGGAAAUGCAACUGAUGAUCUAUCUUGCUGAAAAGCUCAUCCAUCAAUAUCCAUACAGGAUCAAUGUUUUCGAUAUCAAUCAAGUUAACAUAUCAAAUCUAACGAAUGGUCACAUGAAUCAAGUUGUUCGAUUCAGUAUUGAUACGAUCCGAGCUGGUAUUGGACAACUGGAAGUGUUUGUACAAGAUGGACAAGUUCUGUGCAAUGCCAUAUCAUACGGCAACUCACAAUUUGAUGUUAGUUUUCUCCCACGACAAACUGGUCUACAUAAGAUCGAUAUUCGAUUUAAUGGAUUAACAAUUCCAGGUAGUCCGUUUUCUUGUCAGAUCGAUGAAUUACAACGAAUGAUAGUAUCUAAUCAUUUGACGAAUGUUCAUGUUGGACAUCCGGCUUCGUUUGAUAUUUGCAAUCAAUCAUUAUCAUUUGACAUUAAUAUCACUGCACCAUCAAGUCGUUCUGUUCCCUUUCAACAUUCGCAAUUGAACACGAAUGAGACACGUAUUGACUAUAUGUUGAAUGAAAUUGGCCUGCAUCGUGUAGAUGUACGAUCGAGUCGAAAAAUGGAGAUAUAUGGUUCGCCGUUUAUACUUCAAUCAUUUGAUACAAAUCGUAUAGUGGUUUCGGAAAUACCACGUUUUAUUAUUUAUAAUCAGCCAGCUGAAUUUACAAUCGAUGCAUUAAAAGCUGGCGAAGGACAAUUGGAAGUUGCGAUCAACAAUGGUCAAGUGCCCAAUAAAGUCAAGUCUUUGGGUAAAUGCAAGUUUCACUUUACCUUUCUUCCAACGUCAAAUAACCUACAUCAACUGUCGGUCAAAUUCAACGGACGUGAUGUUCCUGGCUUUCCAAAAGAAUGCCAUGUCAUUACAGCUGAUGAUAUCAAAAUUCACGGGCCCGGUCUUAGUCAGGUUCUACUGGGUGCUCAAACUUGGUUCACGAUUGAUACAUCCCAUGGCAGCUCAUCGAACAUCGAUGUGACAGUAUUUUCUCCUACGGGUGAAUCCACCACUCCGUCAACAUUGUUAACUAUUGCUGGACUUCGAGUGGAUUGGACCCCGACGGAAAUUGGAACUUAUAGAAUUCAUGUAAAGUUAGAUGGGAAACUCAUUCCUGCUAGUCCAUUCUAUGUGAAAUGUUACGAUCCGAAAAAGGUUCUUGUUACACCGACAACAAACGAUAGUGCUAUUGGCAAGCCAACCAAAUUUCGAAUCGACGCAUCGAUGGCAGGUGAAGGUAAUCUCGAGAUUAGUGUGAAUUACUCUGGUCAAAAUAUACCCAACGAUGUGAAUCCAACCGGAAAGAGUUGUUACGAAGUUCAAUUCAUUCCGCACAAAGCAAUGACACAUUAUUGCAAUAUACUUUUCAACGGCGAACUUGUUCCGGGAAGUCCAUUUCCUGUCAAUGUUAUGGAAAAUCAACGUGUUACAGCAAUGGGAAAAGGUCUGGGCUCAAAUCCGAUCAAUAUUCCCACAUCGUUCACUGUUGUCACUCAAAACGAUGAUGUUGGAAAACUAAAAUGUUCGAUAAAAGGACCCAAUGAUCAUUUAAUCUCAUGUAUCACAACCAAGAUCGAUCCCAAUCGAUACGAAGUCACUUACACGCCCGAUCGUGUCGGUGAAUUUCAUAUCGAUGUGCUUCAUGAUGAUAUACCCAUUGACGGUAGCCCAUUUACAUCACAGUCGUACGAUAUAAAUAAAAUCAAAACAUUCGAUUUUCCGUCAUCAACAACUGUGAGCACGCCGACAUCAUUCAUCAUUGACGCAACCGAUUCGGGUGCCGGCAAUCUGGAGAUCGCCAUAUCCCGGGAUGGAAAGAACAUUCCAAACUAUGUGCAAAAUGAAGGCGGUGCUCGUUUUCGUGUUAAUUUCCUUCCCGAUAAACCUUGUGCGCACUAUAUACGAAUCAAACUCAAUGGCAUUCACAUUCAUGGAUCGCCAUUCAUCUGUAAUGUUUUCUCAAGUGAACUAACGUUUGAAAAUUAUGAAUAUGCCUCGAUUAACAAACGAACGUCGUUGGUCAUCAAGCCGAAAACUCAUUCGAUGUUUAAUCCUAACAUUCACGUAGAGAUCGUCACACCAGCAGGAAAGAAAUUAAAAAGCAAAAUCGAAAAAUUAUCACCAAAAUUGUAUACGAUUGCUUUCGUGCCAACCGAAAUCGGCGAUCACGAGAUAAGAUUUUAUCAUGACGAAGAAAAAAAACUAAUUAUGACGAAAUUAAAUUGUCAAGUUUAUGAUAUAAGUAAAAUACGUGUCAGUGAUUUACCACUUGCUGUUCCUCAUGAACCGUGUAAAUUUACAAUUAAUACAACAGAUGCUGGUAAUGGCGUUCUGUCAGUUCGAAUUAAACAGAAAGAAGAUGUUCGGCCACACGAACAAACAAGAAUUUCGAAGCAUGUUUAUGAAAUUUCAUUUGUACCCGACACAACCGAAGAAUGUACCGUACAAAUCGCGUACAACGGAGAAACUAAUUCACAAACAUUGACAGUCCCUGUUAAAACGGAUAGCGAACAAGUACGUGUUUCAUCGAUACCGCCGGGUAUCGUUGGUCAACCGAUCACAUUCACAGUCGAUGUGGCUGAUGUGAAUCUUCUUACAAUUCUCAUCACAGAAACUCACUCCGGUCGUGUUGUGACUCACAGUAUGACAUCCAGAUCAAAUGAUAAGAGACACUAUGAAGUUUCAUUUGUACCGACGAUUCCGCGCCAACAUACCGUAGCCGUUACUUACGAUGAGAAAUUGAUCUCCACAUAUCAUGUUGAUGUCUGUAAUGUAAAUAGAAUUCGUGUUAGUUCAAUUAGUGAUGGAUUCAUCGGUGUUCCGUCAGUGUUUUCUGUGGACACACAUGGUGCUGGUGAAGGACAUUUGGAAGUGACAAUUAGUGACGGACGACGAACGUUGCCAGCGGAAUUGAAAAGUGUUCAAGCAAGAAAAUUCGACAUUGCGUUUGUGCCUGAAAGUCGAGGAACACAUUCGAUUUCUAUUGCCUUCAAUGGAAUUCCGAUCGAAGGAAGUCCGUUUACGAUGAAUAUUCAAGACAAGCCACCUACCGACGAUAGUAUUUCGGAUGCGAGAGAUGAUGAUGGGGAAGAAGAUAACUACGAAGAAGAUGGAGACGAAAAUGGUGAUCAUGAAUUUCUUAUUGGUGGUCAAUUAGAAGGAACAAAAGUGGGCGAGGUAGCAUGGCUAAUUUGUGAAUCGACUCUAACGGAUACCUACGAAGAUUUCAACCUAUUCGUUCUCGAUCCCGACGAAAUUAUGAUCAAACACACACGAAUACAAGACUCGGGUGGUCGUUGGCGUAUUGAAUUCGAACCAGUUAAAGCAGGCAGCUAUUCUAUACAAACAGAUGUCGAUGAUUCACAACUCAUUCUUGCUACAAUGGAUAUUUUACCAUUAGAAUAUGAACGGAAUGUCUAUGGUGAACGUAUUGUUCAUCCAAAUGUUGCUAAUUUCAUUUCGAUUAAUUGUAAAAAUGAUGAUAUGAAAGUUAAACUACGAUGUUCGAAUGGUGAUGAAUUUCCAAUUGAAAUUGAAAAGGAUCCAACAGAAUGGAAAAUCUAUUUCACAUUAACUGAAAUCGAUUAUUAUCAAUUAAGUGUGACCAAUGAUAGUAAUGAACAAAUAUUUGAUAUUCAUUGUGUAGCUGAAGAGAUCGAUGUCUUACGAAACGGAGGUGUAGAAGAUAUUACACGGAUUAUUGUCGAUCAAAGUAAAAUCAUAGCUGAUGAUGUGAAUGUGAUUGUUAAAGAUCCAUUGGCACACACGAUUCCAGCGGCAUUCUAUCGAAAUUUGAAUCGAGAUCUCGUUAUUGAAUAUAUACCUGUUCGAACUGAAGUGCAUGAAGUAUUCAUUCGCACGCAAAAUAAUCUUUUCGAUAUUUGUCCUAUUCGUGUGAUGGCAUUUCGUGCGAAGAAUACGUUUGAUCCGGUUCUUCGCGUUCAGGUGAAAGAACUUCUCGAACACACAUUUCACGGUGUUAUUGACAAUGAUAAUAAACUAGAAAUCAGUAUCACUGAUCCAUUCGAUAAACCAAUACCAUUCCAACAUUCAAAGAAUGAAAAUGGCGAAUUGAAAAUCUCUCUCUCACCAGUUCGUGUCGGAACUCAUUGGAUACGCAUUACAAAUGAUGAAAGUGAUAGUUUCGCUCUACUGCCUAUCUUUGCUUUCGAUGAUGAUUAUGUUCCGUUAUCACCUGUGGCUACGCCUUCACCUAAUGAUAAAUUCGUACUAAAUCAAAAUUCGAUUAAUAAUAAUACGACGGAUUCGUUUUCUCUCGUACGAGAAUUAGCAGCUAUUCAUGAAGUAACAGAAAAUUCAUCAUCAGCUUCGGCACCACAAACUCAACGUCAAGCAUCGCCAGAGAAAGAAAAUACUUCUCAAGUUGUACCGAACGGCCGUGAAGCAUCACCUGUUUCAAUUGAGGAACCAUCGACGAAGGUAGAAGUACUCGAUAUGGCUGAUUUAAUCGAUCCGGGUGUUCGUAUUACAUCGAAAUUCUCAUUGAAAGAUCCAAAUGAUGAAUUCAAAGUUCAAAUCUGUGACGCCAAUGAUGAAAAUAUACCAUGUAAAGCUGAAAAUCUACCCGAUGGACGAAAAUACAUAUCGUACGAACCGCUCGUUGUUGGACCUGUCAAAAUUCAUAUAUCGAAAGGAACGGAGCCUCUGAUUGGUAGUCCAUUACUAGUUCAUGCAUUCGAUCCAUCAUCAAUCCAGAUAAUGAAUUUUCCAACGAAAAUAUAUAAAAAUUCUAUGAAUUCUUUUCUUAUUGACCCCACACUAGCUGGAAAAGGAUCGUUAAAAAUUAUCAUUAAAGAUCCGAGCAAUCGAUCUUUACCUAUUACUGUUCAGAAACAAUCAAAUCAUCAAAUUGUCGUUCAAUUUGAACCGAUUGUUUCAGGUUUACAUUCAAUAUCUAUUUUAUUCAAUAGAAUAUCCAUACUUGACACGACGUUUCAAGUACUCGCUGAAAAUACUGAAGAGCCAUCGGCAGGAAAAAUUGCGCGUUUAUCGGAAAUCGAACAACGUGGCCGUUCGAUUUUCUCCAAACAUGAAUUGCUGAUACUUGCGCAGCAACAAGAAAAAACACACACAAUUCAAUCUUUUGCAUCCAAAUCUACUGAAACGACCGUGCUACCGAAAGAAUCCAUCGUUAUUGAAGAACAUCCUCAAACAUCGAACAAAGUCGAAGAUAUACAUCAACCAAAGUCACAAACGAUACAAUUGACUGAUGCGGAAAUACGACGAUUUCAUCUAUUAAAAGAAAAAUUCGAACGAGGAGAGCCGAUUGAUGUUGUGUUCGAUCCACGACGAUAUCCAUUCAAAAUCAUUCUACAACGUGCAUAUCCAGUUGUUAAUGAUGAUAUACAUCUCAUAAUCGAUCUUCCACAUGUUGUGUACGUAAAUAUCAUAAAAGACACAAUGAAAAUACCAUUGCAAGCUGCACGUAGAAAUGAUGAUAAAUUUCUACUAAAAUUUCGUCCAACAUUCGAAGGCGAUUAUUUGAUUCUUUUAAAGAACUACAUGGGACAACCUAUGCUAGAUUGUCCAUAUGUGUUUCCUGUUUACAAUCCUGAUGCUGUUCAACUUGAACCAUUCAAUCAUUUUCAACCGAUUAACAAAUGUCAUUUUAUCUGUAAUAUUGAUAACGUUGAUCAAGGAAAAUUCUUUAUCAUGGUAUUUGAUCCAUUGAAACCACUGAAAAUACCUGGGCAUGUAUCGAAUUUAUCUGGCGUAUAA